UGUUUAGAAAUCACAUAGCAGUAACAAUUAAAAGAACACAUGGAACUUACCUUUCUCUGUUUUCUUUUUACCAAGGUGAUGACACAAAAGAAAUGACCAAGUCUCUUCUCAAAGAGAACCAAAUUAAAAAAUCAAAAGUCUCUCAGUCGGCAACCUUGCUUGGCAUAAGUAUUGUCUAGCUUGUCUGCUCAACUUUGGGCACCCCGUCGCUUAUGGACUAUUACCAAGUUCCAAGUGAGAUGUUUUAUUUCAUUGAAUAUUUUACAUGGUGCCAAUUCACGUUUGGACCCUGUGAAGCUUGCUGUACCAAAUCCAAGAACUCAGAAAGUGUUCAAGUGCCAUUCGAGUUUCUUUACUUCAACACUACAUAUAACAGUGUAUACUACCUUUCUAGAUGGAAUCGAGUAGUGGUGCCAUGGCCUUGCCUGUGAUGCUCAUUUUGCAACUCUCAUUGAUGGGAGUACUACUGGUCGUAUUAGCAGCAGCUGAUCAAGCUCUCCUGCCUCAAGCUCUGCCUGGCUGCACUGACCGCUGCGGUGAUCUCGUAAUUCCAUACCCAUUUGGCAUUGGUGAAGGUUGUUACCUUCGACAAGAAUUUCAAAUCACUUGUGACCAAUCAACCCAACCCCCAUCAGCAAACUGGACAGGCACUGAUAUCCGCAUCGCUAACUUCUGGCUUGCAGAGGGUGAGUUGCAAAUAAACAGUUACACUGCCCGAGAUUGUUAUGACCAGCAAGGCGAGGGAACCUACCACAACAGCCCUGAGUUAACGCUGGUUCCGCCUUACACCAUAUCCGAUACCAAAAACAAGUUCAUCGCAGUUGGAUGCGACACUUAUGCAAUCUUUACAGGAUACCGAGGGGAAGAGAGGUACGUAACCGGGUGUAUGUCCUUGUGUAACAGCCUUGGCAGUGUCGAUGGGUCUUGCUCUGGCGUUGGUUGUUGCCAAACCUCCAUCCCUAGUGGAAUGACAAAUCGUACUAUCACAUUGAGUAGCUAUAAUAAUCACUCUGAUAUAUGGAGCUUCAACCCCUGCAGCUACGCAUUCAUUGUGCAAGAAGGCCAGUUUAGUUUCUCUAAUACAAGUUUUCAAGAACUGAUCGUCACUGAACAACUGCCACUGGUUCUUAACUGGGCAAUUGGGAAUGAACCAGACCCAUGUGAUGCAGCUGAAAAGAGGCAGGACUUUGCAUGCAAUAAAAAUAGCAAGUGUGUCAACCACAACAACAGGAACGGUUAUGUUUGUGAAUGUUUACCAGGCUAUGAAGGAAAUCCAUACCUCCCAGAUGGUUGCCAAGAUAUUGAUGACUGCAAGGAUUCAAACCCAUGCAAGAUUGGAAAAUGUGUAAAUUCACCUCCAGGAGAUUACUCUUGUUUAUGUCCCAAAGGAUACAGAAACGACGUCAUGGAUGAAAAGAUCUGCAUCAAAGAAAAUCCCAAAAACCAAUCAAAGAUCACUCUCCUGCUUAUUAUUUCAUUGAGUGUCAGUCUAGGCUUCUUGGGUAUGGUGGUUGGAAUUUCAUGGAUAUAUUGGGCAAUGAAGAAAAGAGAUUUCAUCAAACUCAAAGAGAAGUACUUCAGACAAAAUGGUGGCUUACUGUUACAGCAACGACUCGCUAGCCAUGGAAUGGAGACAGCAAAACUCUAUAGUGCAGAAGAACUUGAGAAGGCCACAAACUAUUACCAUGCAAGUACAGUCAUUGGUGAAGGAAGCUAUGGAACAGUAUACAAAGGAAUACUACCAGAUAACAAAGAGGUCGCCAUUAAAAAGUCCAAAAUUGGUGCUCGUGCUCAGAGCGAUCAGUUUGUUAAUGAGGUGAUAAUCGUUUCUCAAAUAAACCAUAGAAAUGUGGUGAGGUUAUUAGGUUGUUGCUUAGAGACAGAAGUGCCUUUACUAGUUUAUGAGUUUAUCAGCCGUGGAACUCUUUCUGAGCACAUUCAUAAAGAAACCAAAGCAGCAUCACUGUCAUUGGGUUUACGACUGAAGAUAGCAGCAGAAACUGCAGGAGCACUAUCAUACUUACACUCGUCCACUUCCAUGCCAAUCAUUCACCGAGAUGUCAAAGCAACCAAUAUACUAUUGGACGAAAAUUACACAGCAAAAGUGUCAGAUUUUGGAGCGUCACGAUUGGUUCCUCUUGAUCAAAAUCAACUAUCAACUUUAGUGCAGGGGACACUUGGAUACCUAGAUCCUGAAUACUUACUUACCAAUCAGCUAACAGAAAAGAGUGAUGUCUAUAGCUUUGGAGUUGUCCUUGUGGAACUGCUUACUAGUAAAGUUGCACUUUCUUUUGAACGCCGUGAGGAAGAGAGAAACCUAGCAAGCUUCUUUGUUCGUUCGAUAGAGGAGGAUCACUUGAAAGAAAUUCUUGAUGAUGACAUAGUUGAUGAUGGACAUGUUGAUGAGACACUGAAAAAUAUGGCUAAUCUUGCAAAAAGAUGUUUGAGACUAAAAGGGGAGGAAAGGCCUACCAUGAAAGAAGUAGCCACAGAGCUAGAUGGAAUGAGAAUUACGAUAAUGCAUCCAUGCGGUAAAGCUGAUUUCGGUUCAGAAGAGACUGAGAAUUUGGAGACGAAUGAUGUUGCUCUUAAAGGUGACUAUGGUUCUAGUAGUACAAUUACUAGUACAACUAGUUGGUAUGACAGCAUGCAAAAACAAAUGUUAAUGCCAUAUGAUGAUGGACGAUAAGUAAUUAUCUAGCUGAUAGUAUGUAUAUCAUGUAGCGUAAGGAAAUCACUUGACUAUAUUAGUGUGUUAGUCAGUGCCUCAUAAAAUAAAAGGAG